AUUCGAGAAGCAAAAGUAGAAGGCUGUUCAAGUUUCAACUUUGGGUUAUGUAUUCUACACGGUAUAUACUCCCCGUGUUCGCCAUACAGUAGACUCCGGUAUCCUCCGAGCCUUGAAGCAAUCCAUACGAAUAGCAGCUCAUCCCGAGCAGGCUUACAGCGGCAAACCCAAUGCAAAGAGCGUUUAUCGCAGUACCCGUCCCCGUCCCUGUCCCCAUCCCCGUCCGAGUUACAAGCAAACAAACACAGCCAUGCGUAUAAGCCGACUGUUUGCUCUGGGUCAAUGAUCAUCAUCACCACAGCGGAGGCUCACGAACAUUACCGGUUGUGUUUGUGUUGUGUUUGUUGUGUUUGUUGGGCUUGUUGGCUUGCAUUGCAUUACUUACAUUGCAUUGCUUGCAUUACCUACAUUGCGGAGCACCUAACACCUCAGCAUGUACUGUACUGUAACUACGUGCGUGAGAUGUUCUCCUCAUCUGUUGCCGUUUUCACUUUUUUUUCUUCCUUCGUUUUUCUUUCUUCUUUUCCUUCGUUUUUUUUUGCGGACGUUCUAGGCGAGCGAGAUUGUGGAUUGUGGAGAAAAGAAGAAACGAAAGUCCAGCCCGCUACUUACCGGUACACAUCACGUUUAUGUAGUCACGGUAUGAUCAAAGCAAAAACGACCGAAAUCGCGGCAUGUCUAUCUUGCAGUUGCAGUUGCAGUGCGGUGCAGAAAACAGUGCAGAAAACAGUUUCUUUCUUGUCUUGUUGGGGUUUGGUUUGCCAAUAGGGAAUGAGGGAAUGAUCAUCGCUCGCUCUCACUGCAGUGCGGUGCAGUGCGGU